AGUCAGGCAGGGUUGAGUAAGAGCGUUUACUGGUAACUGUGUAGUAGGGUAUCUGGACACUUCACAGUGCUGGAGAAAUGACUCCCCAACCUACAAGCAUCCCAACUCUCAGCACCACACUAUCAAAUGGAGACCUGAACAACACCAAUGGCACUCAUUGUCCAGACCUGGAGGCCUGGGAGUGGCUCAACGCCAGCCAGCCAGUGUAUAUUUUGAUUAUCAGUGUGCUGGGUAUCGUGUUCAACGUGUUCGUCCUGACGGUUUUCUGCCUCCACAAGAAGGCUUGCACCGUGGCUGAGAUCUACCUGAGCAACCUGGCUGCUGCCGACCUUCUCCUGGUGUCCUGUUUGCCCUUCUGGGCUGUCAACAUCGCCAAUGAUUUCCAUUGGCCUUUUGGUCAAUUCAUGUGCAAAAUCAUCAAUGUGGGCAUUAAGAUGAACGUCCACUGCAGCAUCUACUUCCUCGUUCUGGUCGGCAUCGAUCGCUAUGUGGCACUGGUGCAUACAAUGUCCCAUGGAAGAAUGCGUAGGCCAAAGUAUGCCAAACUGGGCUGCCUACUGACAUGGGGUUUUGGCUUUCUCCUCAGUGUCCCCACGCUCAUCUUCAGGGAAGUGAGACAUUUCCCGGAGUAUGGCAUUGAUGCAUGCUUUCUGCACUACCCAAGCCACAGUGUAGAGCUGCUCUGUGAUGGGAUGUUGAUCAUUUUUAGCUUCAUCAUUCCCAUUGCAAUUAUCUCGUUCUGCACUUUCAAGAUUAUUCUGGCUUUGAAGGUCCAAACAAUAGGAAGGGUAAAUGCUGAGAAAACAGAGCGGAAAGCCACCACUCUGGUGCUGGUGGUCCUCCUGGCCUUCGUCAUCUGCUGGGUGCCGUUCCACGUGGUCACUGCAGUGGAUGUGCUGUUACGGGCCGACGUCCUGGGAGGAUGUCACCUCUCGGCUGUCAUAGACAUCUGCAACCAGAUCUUUAACUACUUAGCCUUAUUCAACAGCGUUCUGAACCCCAUCCUGUACGUUAUUGUAGGAAAGAACUUCCGGAAAAAAGUUUGGGAGGUUUUCCAGCAGUGUAGCGUUACGAGAAGAGUGACCUCUGACUCCACACGAUCAAACCUGUCCUCUACACUCAAGACUAUGCUAUAAAACGCUUCUGUGAAAUACUGUCUCCACAACAGUUGACCUUACAGAGACUCCAGUUAACUGUCAUGUAACAAUGUUAAAAUGAUAAGUUCAUGUUUAAAAUUGUGAUGGAUGUAAGUAUGGAGUAAUGGGACCAAAUAAUCCUUCCUCAAAACACAGUUUAAGAAACUCUUGUUUUAAUUGUUGUGAGGAAAUAUGAUCAUAUGUGUGGGGAUACACAAGGCUCAAAUGUUACAUCUUGAAGAAAUUAUCGUGUUACAGACCGCAAACAAAUAUUAUUUUAUGUAGCUGUGUCAGAAAAUAUGUAUCAAGUUUGAAAAACUAGAGACUUGUUUUUCAUAAUUUUCACAACAGUUUGCUCAUAUUUUGAAUGUACAGAUCUACAUCUGCCUGGUUGCAGUGUAAAAAAAAAAAAAAAGGAAGUAUAUAUUUUCCUACUCAUAUCCUAUUUUGCUGAUAACUAUGAAGAUGUGAACAGUGCCGUUGUUUGCUCUGAAAAUCAGCAUCAAAUAAAAUAUACUUAUGGUUUUAUACCAUUCUGAGUCUUUAUAAUGCAUUUAAAUGUUAAGUUGAGCACAAAAACAGGAACAACUGCUUGCUAAGUGUUUUCUGGUGUUUGUGACUCACUGUCUGCUGAGUUAAAACGGGAUUCUGUCAAAGAGUUUCCACUGCUGAUGCAUAAACAUGCUCCCUUCUGUUGGCUUUAUAGACCUCAGUUGUCGCAGUGUAGAUUUCUCCCCACACCAUCAUUUAAUGGCCCAGUGUUGACUCAUUGUGGGCUGUGGGUGAGGGUACACCCGUCGGUGUCCUCAAAAUGAAGACAUGCCAGGCCAAACAGGAAAUCACACUUUACCACAAGUGCCAGGGAAGAAAAUUGUUGUGGAAGAAAAACAUGCAGGCAGACAAAGUUACCUCAAAUGAUAAAAUGUCUGCCAAAAAUAAACAGUUCAACCUCA